GUGAGGGAGGAUUUGGGUGUUGUUUUUUUCUGUAUAUAAGUGAUAUAGGUUCUUGUAGCAUUAGAUCUGUUUCCUUGGUGACUAUUUGAAGCUGUUUAUAAAGCAUAUCUCAGGUUUUCAACAACUCUGGUCUGAGAAGUGUAGUGUCUCAUCUCUACUGAUGACUAUCCAACAGCUAAAGCACCUUGUGCACUUCAAUUUAAAAUGAAAGAUGAAAUUGCUGCCACAGUCUUUUUCAUCACAAGGCUAGUGAAAAGGGAAGACAAGCUGAGCAAGCAUAAAAUGGAGAAAUUUGCAGCUAAGCUGACGACAAUACUGUUUGAAAAGUAUAAGAAUCACUGGUACUUGGACAAUCCAUCCAGAGGACAAGCCUUCAGGUGUAUAAGGAUAAACAGACAUCAGACAAGAGAUCCACUGCUAGAGCAAGCUUGUGUGGAGAGUAAUGUGGACUUUAAUAAGCUUGGUUUGCCAAAAGAGAUGACAUUAUGGGUUGAUCCAUUUGAGGUGUGUUGCAGAUAUGGUGAGAAGAACCGGCCCUUCACAAUUGCACAUUUUGAAGGAGAGGAGAACCCAGAGCUUCCUCAGCAGAUCAGCUAUGCUGUUGACAGAGCAGCACUAGACUAUCAUUCUGGCAUUUCUUCAGAUGAGGAGAGCUUCAACAAGGAGCCAAAAGCUAUCCCUACUGUCAGCAAUCCUAACAGUGUCUACCAGUUCAAUGACUACUGCAAGGCACCCAUACAGCCCUGGUCUCAGUAUCUUCAUAGGAAGACCUAUAUGACUGAUGGCUCAUACUAUGUCCAGCACAGGGGUUACAAAGUCUACAGGCCAACAGCUGCUUUCACAGGACCGCGAGUUGAUAGAUACCACUGGAUCAAUACCAAGCGGUAGAUCUGUGGCUGCACCUGUUAUAGGCUGUUGAAACACUGAGCUAUGGUAUGGGAUGAAGGCUGGCACUACAAAGUUUCACAAAACCAGAAAGCUCUUACUGUCUAAUCCCUAUCUCUUACUUUGUACAUCUGAAACUUCAGGGUUUUAUUAUAUAACCUUUUAAAUGUUUUAUUAAUGUUAAUACAAGAUUACAAAAUUAAUGUGAGACUCUACUUGUAAGUUAAAAAGGAAAUGCAUAUAUCAAUAAAUCUACUCAUGUUUUUUUUAAAA